UUCCAUCUUCUCGCCAUGGAGGGGCUCAUCAAGGGUUUGGCCAAAGCCGCGAUCGACGCGCUGGACGGCGGCGGCGACGACGAGGCGCCGAGGAGACAGCGCCCCGCGGAGGACGCGGAGGAGCAGGAGGGCCGCGAGGAUCGGGACCGCUCCACGUGGGCCGAGGUGGUCUCCGACAAGAAGGGCGGCGAGCCGGAGGAGGAGCGCCGGGGUUCUCGGCCCUCCGGGCGGGAUGAUGGCUGGGGGAGAACGGACGGCCGGAAGCAGCAGCAGCAGCCAUCCGCCCAUGGUGGAGGUCAAAGCCAGUACGAGGGAGAUAACAGGAGGGAUGGUGGUAGCCGGCCGCAGCAGCAGCAGGCGCCAGCGAACAGGAGGCAGCAACAGGAGGGAGAAGAAACAAAUGAUGAAGGUUGGGAAACAGUAGGCGAGAAAAAGAAGCAUGGAAGGCCGCAACAGUCUGAAGCAUGGAAUGCAUACAAAAGGCCACCAUCCGAACAAGAGUACUCUGAAGAUGUUGGUCAGACCCACAAUGGUCUAAAUCUAGAGCCUACCAGGGAGGAGCUCAACAGCUUGUCCGAAGCAUGUAGCCGGCUCUGGGAGCUUGAUAUGAACCGUCUUGUUCCUGGUAAGGACUACACCAUUGACUGUGGAGAGGGAAAGAAGGUCUAUCAGAAGGAUGAUAUGGCAUAUGGAAACUUGUUCAGCUGGCUAGGCGAUGAUGUGUUUACCAAGCCCACGUACUCCCGCUUCUGUGCGCUUCUUGAUAAUUACAACCCGCACCAAGGGUACAAAGAAGUUGUUACUCAGCAGGAAAAGCAUGAAGAAGUAGCAUUUAUUGAAGAGAUUGCCAGGACAGCGCCGAUCAAGUACUUGCAUCAGUAUUUAGUGAUGAAGGGAGUCGCAUCUCAAGACUACGAUGACUUCAAGACAAUGUUGACAUCCCUUUGGUUUAACUUGUAUGGAAGAUGUGGCAACUCUAGCUGCUCUUCUGCAUUCGAGCAUGUGUUUGUUGGUGAAAUAAAGGGAGAGAGACAAGGAGAGACUGAGGUCUCAGGCUUCCAUAACUGGAUUCAGUUUUAUUUGGAAGAAGCCAAGGGAAAUGUGGACUACAAAGGUUACAUAUUCCCAAGACGCCGUGGGGAAUCGCCUGAUUCGGAGACACAGUUACUCACCGUUCAGUUUGAGUGGCAUGGUAUUCUGAAGUCAGUAUCAAGCAGCUUGAUUGGUGUUAGCCCUGAGUUUGAACUGGCACUCUACACGCUGUGCUUCUAUAUGGGAGGGGAGGAUAACCGCGUCAAUAUUGGCCCGUACACAGUGAACGUCAAGUGCUACCGUAUGGGUAACAACAAAAUUGGAUCAGCCUUUCCCAUUGCGGAGAAUUGAUUUGUGUGUGUGAUGACCUGCUUACGCAGGCUUGUAGUUCUUUGGUUUUCAAUUUCCUGUUGAAUUUUGUAAAAUUAAUACCGUUGUUAUAUGAAAGGAACCAUACUGUUCAUUCCAUUGUUAUAAUGCCACUACAUAAUACUGUAUUACAGUAUACACUGAAUAGGACGCUGAUUGAGAUGUUGAUUA